UCGGCCUGGUAGGUCAGUGGCAGCUCUGGGAGGGGUGUUGUUCCGGAAAGUUUGCUGCUUCUGCACAAGUCCGUCACCACUUUAGUAAACCUCUCCAACAACUCGUGUAGCAGGCCCUCACAUGCAGUUUAUCAGGUGCAGUCAUGCAGGAAAACCUCAGAUUUGCCUCAUCAGGAGAUGAUAUUAGAAUAUGGGACGCUUCAUCUAUGACACUGGUGGAUAAAUUCAACCCACACACAUCACCACAUGGAAUCAGCUCAAUGUGUUGGAGCAGCAAUAAUAACUUUCUAGUGACAGCAUCUUCCAGUGGUGACAAAAUUGUUGUUUCAAGUUGCAAAUGUAAACCUGUUCCACUUUUAGAGCUCGGUGAAGGGCAAAAACAGACAUGUGUUAGUUUGAAUUCCACAUCUAUGUAUUUGGUAAGUGGAGGCCUAAAUAACACCGUUAACAUUUGGGAUUUAAAGGCAAAAAGAGUUCAUCGAUCUCUGAAGGAUCAUAAAGGUGAAGUAACAUGUGUCACAUAUAAUUGGAAUGAUUGUUACAUUGCUUCUGGAUCUAUCAGUGGUGAAAUUAUUCUGCACAGUGUAACCACUAAUUUAUCUAGUACACCUUUUGGCCAUGGUAGUAACCAGUCUGUUCGACACUUGAAGUACUCCUUGUUUAAGAAAUCGCUACUGGGCAGCGUUACAGAUAACGGAAUAGUAACCCUCUGGGAUGUGAAUAGUCAGAGUCCAUACCAUAACUUUGACAGUACACAUAAAGCUCCAGCUUCAGGCAUCUGUUUUUCUCCUGUCAAUGAAUUACUGUUUGUAACUAUAGGCUUGGACAAAAGAAUCAUUCUCUAUGACACUUCAAGCAAGAAACUAGUGAAAACUUUAGUGGCUGAGACUCCCCUAACUGCAGUAGAUUUCAUGUCUGAUGGAGCCACUUUGGCUAUUGGAUCUUCCCGUGGGAAAAUAUAUCAGUAUGAUUUAAGAAUGUUGAAAUCACCAGUUAAAACCAUAAGCGCUCACAAGACAUCUGUGCAGUGUCUAACAUUUCAGUACUCUACUUCUCUUCCUAAGUCAAGUUUAAAUAAAGGCUGUUCAAAUAAGCCCACAGCUGUGAACAAACGGACCAUUAAUGUGAGCACUGCAGGUGGAGGAGUUCAGAAUUCUGGAACUGUCAGAGAAGCAGCCAUCACUUCCUCAGCCGCCGUUCUACCGCAGCCCAUGACAACAGUUGGCGGAAAGGGAACGGCCGCUGUUCAAGACAAAACAGGUUUGCCUCGAAAUACAAACACAGAUAUUUUAUCUAAGGAAACAGACAGUGGAAAAAAUCAGGAUUUCUCCAGCUUUGAUGAUACUAGAAAAAGUAGUUUAGGUGACAUGUUCUCACCUAUCAGAGAUGAUGCAGUAGUUAACAAGGGAGGUGAUGAGUCAGUAAGCAAAGGAGAUGCUCUUGACUUUUUACCACAGCUGAACUCAGUGUUUCCUCCAAGAAAAAAUCCAGUAGCUUCAAGCACUUCAGUAUUACAGUCUAGUCCUCUUAAUGUCUUUAUGGGAUCUCCAGGGAAAGAAGAAAAUGAAAAUCAUGAUCUGAUAGCUGAAUCUAAGAAAAUGUAUUUGGGAAAACAGGAACCUAAAGACUCCUUCAAACAGCUUGCGAAGUUGAUCUCUGGUGCUGAAACUGGAAAUCUAAACACCUCUCCAUCAUCUAACCAAACAAGAAGUCCUGAGAAAUUUGAAAAACCAGAGAAAGAAAUUGAAGCCCAAGUAGUAUAUGAAGCCCCAGUCAAUGGAUCCUCAACUCCAAUUCCAAAGAUAGCAUCCUCUGUCACUGCUGGUGUUGCCAGUUCGCUAUCAGAAAAAAUAGCUGAUACCAUUGGAAAUAAUCUACCAAAUGCACCACUGACAUCCAUUCAGAUCCGUUUUAUACAGAACAUGAUACAGGAGACAUUGGAUGACUUCAGAGAAGCAUGCCAUAGGGAUAUUGUGAAUUUGCAAGUGGAGAUGAUUAAACAGUUUCAUAUGCAAUUGAAUGAAAUGCAUUCUUUGCUGGAAAGAUACUCAGUGAACGAAGGCUUAGUGGCUGAAAUUGAAAGACUCCGAGAAGAAAAUAAAAGACUGCGAGCCCACUUUUGAAGUCCAUGAAUACCUUGAUGUUUUGCAAUUUGGGACAUUUCUGGCUACACAGAACUACAUGGAAUCAGUACUGUUUUUAUGACUUCACCUCAGCAAAAAUUUUUUUCAUGUAAAAGGGUAAUGGGGUUUUACACCAACUACAAUUUCAUCUUCUUUUUCAAAAACAUAUUUUUGUAUUAAAAAUUAUACAGGGUCAUCUGUCUGAUGGGAAAGUCAACAGGAUCUUUAUUUUCUGAAAGCUUUAGUUAAAUACACUAAGUGCCCUUUUUCAUAAGAAAUUGUGCAAAGGUUACAUGUGUUUUUUAAUCACUUUUUAAAACAGAUAUAUUUUGAUUAACAAUUGCCCUCUAAUUUUUUUUUUAAUGUUUAAGGAUUAAAGAGUUUGAUAUAUCUUCUAUUUUUAUGGACAAAGUAGUUUUUAAAUGGCAGUUGGUGUUUCUAAGUGAUGGACUCAUAAAACACAGUUUGGUUAGUAUUUUGUUAACUUGAUGAGGUCAAGUAUGACUAUUAUUUAUUACGUGUACAUUUGAUAAAACAAAUUUUGAAUUGCACAGAUUACAUUUAUAUGUUUGCAUUUAUGCGAUACUUCAGACAAAUCUCUACUCUUAGUUGGCAUAUAGCCAGAGCUGCAUAUGUGCUGAUUAUCUCAUGAAUUAAUAACAUGUAAAAUUAUACUGCAAUAUUUCAAUGUGAUUCAACUUAUAAUUGAUGAAAACUUCACAUUAGAUAUCAAAUAUUAACAGUAUUUUUGCCUCCCAAAGGCGGUAUGGAUUAUUUUGUUUUAUACUUUGUAUCAUUAAUCUUCUCUCAUUCUCUGUGCACUGUAAUAUUUUUAUAUUAUUGACUUCAUUGUAAAAUUUAGAGAAGUCAAAUAUCAAAACAUUUAUACCUGUUUGGAAGUAGAUGGAUGUGUACAUCUCUCCAUUGUGUUUUAACGAUGUACAACUAGGAAGAUUACUGGCCUUUUAUUUUCUUGUAGUCUCUUGUCCCAAAGAUUUAAACUAUGUACUUUAUGUACAGCACUCCUGCCCAAUUUUGACUCUGAGUUGAAAGUAUUUACUAAAACAAGAAAUCUAGCUAGCUUACUAAUAUUAUGGUUUUCCAAAGCGAUGGAAAGUAUUAAGGAUAUAUUUAAUAUGUGUAAAUAUACUAAUAAUUACUUCAAAAAAUAAAAACAAAAACACUACUUUUUUCCACUGUGGCUCAGAGAAUACAUUUUUGUGGAAGCAUAAAGGGAUGCUGAUGUGAUCUUUUUUUCUGACAGAUUAUGAAAGCACUAUUAUGACUUGUAACAAGUUUCCUUAUGUAUCAUCACACAGGUUUAGAAAACAAGUGUGUUUUGCCUACAUGUUAUAUUUAAAUUCAUUGAUAUUUUCCUAUUGCCUUUUUAAAAAUAAAUGCACAUAAAGUGUAUUAAAAGAGGUGGGAUAAAUAAAAGUUUUUGUAAU